GCAGGGGAGUACACAGCUCAGCGGACGCGGAGGGGAGUCUCUGCUCUCUGGACAGCAGUGGGAGGUGAGGUGUAUGGGCAUCGCACUGGCCGCAGACCCUCGGGAGCUAGGACUUGGCGACGCGGCUGCCGGGCUACCCGGCUGAGGCUUCAGAGGUGGGAACUGAUGGGACUGGCUCGCUCAGCCGCGUCUCCCAGCUCUUCUGAGUACAUUGAACGGGGCCCGCGCUGAAGUAGAAGCUGUUGGGGGGCUCACGGCCCAGAGUCCCAGUGUGGCCUGGAGGAACAGCGCCCGUGCCAGGGCGACCCAGACGGGAGCCUCUGGACCGAGCUCGUGUUGUGAAGAGACUCCUACUUCGUCCGAGGGGCGCCAAACCCAGGACAGUCGCGGCGUCGGGGCAGCAACCGAGUCCUCAGUGGGGAGACCCGGUCGGGGAGGGGGCGCGCAGUCCCGAACAGUCUCUGGGAACGUAGCGGAAUCGGCCGGGAUCACCCGGGGGCGCAGAGCCCCCGUCGCGCCUCGUGCGGCGGAGAGGCCAGUGGAGCGAGCGCUCGGAGGCGGCAGCCCAUGGUCGGUUUGGGGGCGGCUGCCCAGUGAGUCUUCCUGGCCGGCCGGGCGGAGAAGAGCGACACCGAAGCCAGCAGGAGGAGAGUACUUAAAGGCCGGCGGCCGCGGACGAUGGGCGCCUAAACGGCUCGGAGCACAGCGCGGCUGUAGAAGGAGAGGCCAGCUUUGCUGAGGAGGCGGCAGGAGAACCCAAAGUGCAACCUGCCCCCAGGAAGAUGACCCGGCCUGGGCAGCGUUGGCUCGGCAAGUGGCUUGUGGCGAUGGUCGUGCUGGCGCUGUGCCGGCUCGCCACGCCGCUGGCCAAGAACCUGGAGCCCGUGUCUUGGAGCUCUCUCAACCCCAAGUUCCUGAGUGGGAAGGGCCUGGUGAUCUAUCCAAAGAUUGGAGACAAGCUGGACAUCAUCUGCCCCCGAGCAGAAGCAGGGCGGCCCUACGAGUACUACAAGUUGUACCUGGUGCGGCCUGAGCAGGCAGCUGCCUGCAGCACUGUACUCGACCCCAACGUGCUGGUCACCUGCAAUAGGCCGGAGCAGGAAAUACGCUUCACUAUCAAGUUUCAGGAGUUCAGCCCUAACUACAUGGGCCUGGAGUUUAAGAAGCACCAUGAUUACUACAUUACCUCUACAUCCAACGGGAGCCUGGAGGGACUGGAGAACCGGGAGGGAGGCGUGUGCCGCACACGCACCAUGAAGAUCAUUAUGAAGGUUGGGCAAGACCCUAAUGCUGUGACGCCUGAGCAGCUAACCACCAGCCGGCCCAGCAAGGAGGCAGACAACACUGUCAAGAUGGCCACACAGGCCCCUGGUGCUCGGGGCUCCCUGGGCGAUUCUGACGGCAAGCAUGAGACUGUGAACCAGGAAGAGAAAAGUGGCCCAGGUGCAAGUGGAGGCGGCAGUGGGGACCCUGACAGCUUCUUCAAUUCCAAGGUGGCAUUGUUUGCUGCCGUUGGCGCUGGCUGCGUUAUCUUCCUGCUCAUCAUCAUCUUCCUGACGGUUCUGCUGCUGAAGCUGCGCAAGCGGCACCGAAAGCACACGCAGCAGCGGGCGCCUGCCCUCUCGCUCAGUACCCUGGCCAGUCCUAAGGGUGGCAGUGGCACAGCGGGCACCGAGCCCAGCGACAUCAUCAUCCCCUUACGGACUACAGAAAACAACUACUGCCCCCACUAUGAGAAGGUGAGUGGAGACUACGGGCAUCCUGUCUACAUCGUCCAGGAGAUGCCACCCCAGAGCCCAGCAAACAUCUACUACAAGGUCUGAGAGCUCAGCACAGCCUUGGGCCCCAAGGGACAGUCGGCUGGGACCGCACCUCUCCUUUUUCCCCCCCCGCCCCCCCCCCCGCCAGCUGUGCCCACCUUUGUAUUUAGUUUUGUAGUUUCUUGGCUUUUAUAAUCCCCCUUUUGCUCUGACCCCUGGGCUUCAGAGGGGGGUGCUUGUGUCCCCAGCCCCCAUGCUCUUGUGCCUUCCCCCUCUGGCCAGGCCUCUGGGCUCUGCAGGGUCACCCCUUCUUGGAGGGCAGGGAUGGACACUGAUGGACAGCAGGCAGGGAGAUGCCCCCCUGGCCCUGCCCCGUCACUCCCUUCCCCCUUCCCAGGACUGCUUGUCCACUAUCAUCACUGUUUUUAAUGUUUUUAUGUUCAUUUUUUAGCUGACAACUCAGUUUCAUCUGUUUUUUGAAGAAAAAUUGAAAAGGGUAAAAGGCAGCCCCUCCCCAGGUUUUCUGAGCCUGGCCCAGCCCAAUACAAGGGGCCUGGGACAAGAUGUAACUAGCCGGGAAGCAUAGGAUGGCAUUUCUUUUAUAAACUCUGUGGUAUAUUGGGGGUGGGAGGUGGUGAGGGGGUAGGCUAGGGCUGUUCUUGCCCAUGAGAGAAGGUGAGAGUGCCACUCAUCAAGGUAUGUCAGCCUCCCCUCCUGACCUUCUUUCCACAAAGCUGAUCUUGGCAAUGGGGUGGUGGCUGCCACCCUUCCACCAAAAAAAAAAGAAAAAAAAAUCCCUUCCCUGUGGGAUUCUUGGGCAUCUCCUGCCUCCCUUACUCUCAUGGUAAUUAAUGUCUUAAUUGGCUGUUGCCUGGGGAACAGGAGAACUGCUUCAGGCAGAUGACCUCAUGGGGGGUGGAGGGAGGUGAGGUUGCCCAGGUGGCUAUUUGCCCUGCAGAGCUGGGAGUCCCCUGCUCACCCCCCACCCGUUCUCCCCUCACCUUUGGCAUCUUUUGGCCGGGUGGGAAAACAGGCCCAGACACCUAAGUGGGUAUAAGACCAGGUGACCUACUCCUUUUCUGGGCUCUAGCAUCAGUGGGUGUCCUCCCGACCCAGCUCCUGCUGGCCCCCAGUCUUGGGAUGGGGCCUGGAAAGAGGAAGAGGCUGCCCAGGGCUGGACCAGCAUGCCGUGCACUUUGACCCCAGCUCCUUGCCAGCACGGCUGCUAACAGACUGCCACUUGAGUGCGCCUUGUCAGUGCACCCAGAGUGGCUAUGGAAGGAGCUGGGCCUUACACCAUCCACCUCCACACUGCCUCCUGGCCAGCUGCCCACCCCAGUGCCUGGUGGGAGAGGGAGCAGAACAGCCAGCCCCUUCCAGGUGGCAGUCGGAAGGGUGUUUUGUUUUUGUUUCUGUUGCCAUUUGUGUAAAUACUAGUCUUUUUUGGAAAAAAAUAAUGUAAAGAUGUUUUGUAUAAACUCUGAAUUAUU